AUGAGAAAGAAUGAGUCAACAGAAUACCAACAACAAUCGCAGCUGCAGCAACUGCAGCAACUGCAGCAACUGCAGCAACUGCAGCAACUGCAGCAGCAGCAACAGCAGCAACAGCAGCAGCAGCAACAGCAACUGCAGCAACAGCAGCAGCAGCAACAGCAGCAGCAGCAACAGCAGCAACAACAACAGCAGCUGCUGCAACAGCCGCAGCAACAACAACAGCAGCUGCAGCUGCAACAGCAGCAGCAGCAGGAGCAACCCCAACAGCAACAGCAACAACAUCAGCAAGAACAACACCAGCAGCCGCAUCAACACCAGCAGCAACAGCAGCAACCGCAGCAGCAACAGGAACAGCAGCAGCAGCAGCAACUGCAGCAGCAACAGCAACAGCAGCAGCAGCAGCAACUGCAGCAGCAACAGCAACAGCAGCAGCAACAGCAACUGCAGCAACAACAGCAACAGCAGCAGCAGCAGCAGCAGCAGCAGCAACAGCAGCAGCAAGAGAAACGAGAGCAACAGCAGCAGCAGCAGCAGCAGGGUGAUGGCUCUGCUGCUGCAAGCGAAUGUGGUGAUGAUUGGGAGGAGGUUUACGGGGCUGAGCUUUUGCUGCUGAACACAGACCUGAUGCCGCUCGAUUGCUGCAGCAGCAGCAGCAGCAGCAGCAGACAAGGACAAACAACAAACAGCAGCUGCUGCUGCUGCUGCUGCUGCAGCUGCAACGCAGACAGAGACACAGACACACUCCAUGCAGACAUAUUCAGCGAUACACACAAAAUUAAAUGCAAAUAUAAAUACAACCAGAAAAAGAAAGACAAAGAGAAAGAAGAAAAAGAAGAAAAAGAAGAAGAAGGAGAAGAAGAUGAAGACAGAGAUAUAACUGCAAAGACAAAGAAACUCAACGCAUGCACAAAGACAGCCAGUACCUUCCCUGUUCCAACAGAAUACCAACAACAAUCGCAGCUGCAGCAACUGCAGCAACUGCAGCAACUGCAGCAGCAGCAACAGCAGCAGCAGCAACAGCAACUGCAGCAACAGCAACAGCAGCAACAGCAGCAGCAACAACAGCAGCAACAACAACAGCAGCUGCUGCAACAGCAGCAGAAGCAACAACAGCAGCUGCAGCUGCAACAGCAGCUGCAACAGGAGCAACCCCAACAGCAACAGCAACAACAUCAGCAAGAACAACACCAGCAGCCGCAACAACACCAGCAGCAGCAGCAUCAACAGCAGCAGCAACAGCAACAGCAGCAGCAGCAGCAACUGCAGCAGCAACCGCAACAGCAGCAGCAGCAGCAACUGCAGCAGCAACAGCAACAGCAGCAGCAGCAGCAACAGAAGCAACAGCAGCAGCAAGAGCAACGAGAGCAACAACAGCAGCAGCAGCAGGAGGAUGAUGGCUCUGCUGCUGCAAGCGAAUGUGGUGAUGAUUGGGAGGAGGUUUACGGGGCGGAGCUUUUGCUGCUGAACACAGACCUGAUGCCGCUCGAUUGCUGCUGCAGCUGCAGCAGAAGCAGCAGCAUAAAAACACAAACAAUAUACAACGCAGACAGAGACACAGACACACUCCAUGCAGACAUAUUCAGCGAUACACACAAAAUUAAAUGCAAAUAUAAAUACAACCAGAAAAAGAAAGACAAAGAAAAAGAAGAAAAAGAAGAAAAAGAAGAAGAAGGAGAAGAAGAUGAAGACAGAGAUAUAAAUGCAGAGACAAAAAAACACAACGCAUGCACAAAGACAGCCAGUACCUUCCCUGUUGUCUCCGCUUGGUUGGGGUGUACAUGCAGCUGA